UAAAUAUCCCCAUACCCUCAUCAGCAAUUUGUAGGAGCAAAAGCAAUGAUGAGGACAACCCGCCUGGAACCACUGACGGACCAGGCAGUACUGUGGAGGAUGCAGAAAAAAAAGAUGUUGAUGAAGAGAGUGCUGACGAAUAUUUGUUUGGUGACAUGACAGAUGAAGAAGAGGGAGAUGACAUCGAAGAUAUGUAUCAACUUGGAGCAUAUGCUGACGACUGUUACUUUUAUGCCACGAGUCGUAGGGGCUAUUAUGGUUAUGACGACAGAGAUGAAGAAGUGAGUUUCCCAUUGACCGUUCAUCAAACGCCAUGCCAAGUUUUAGGUAAAGGUAUCGAGCUUGUUCUGCAGAACCAGGAAGUGAUGUUUGGAGACUCGGCCACCUUCAGACUGAGGCUACGUGAUGACACUGGGGAGGCGGGUGAGUGGACCAGAGACGACGUCACACUGACUCAUUCCGAGAAAACACAGAUCUCUAUCAAUGGAAGGGACCGUCAGCUUACUCUCACAGAUGUCCAUCCUCCUGACACAGGGGAAUAUGCCUACAGAGUGGGGGAGGACAGGACAUCAGCCCACCUGUCAAUUAAUAAAGCAAAUUGCUUCUGUUCUGUUCAACACCCUCCUCCACCACCGAACAUACCAAUAUGAUCUGCGAGGCAACAAAAUGAAGAGCAUGACAGAAGAACAUUUUCCUGCAAUUCGGGUCACAAGUGUUGGCUUCCAUUGUCUUUUGCUAAUCACCUAUCAGCGCCAAUCAUCUGUUGGCUUCCUUUGUUAGCUUCUACCAUCUGUUGGCUUCCCUUGUUAGUUUAUACCCUUUGUUAAUUUCCACCUUUUGUUCUCUGACUCAUGGCAUUCAUUCACCCGAUGAAGGAGUAAGCAUUUACUCGGAAACGCUGUG